UGUAUCAAUUCAGAUUGUUGCUAACGAUGUUCGACGCUCGGUACUAUAUAAGCAUAACGCUAUAAAGAUCGUACUUAGUCGUUUGUUGUGAGUUCCAUUGAGAAGUUCAAUUAUUAUGAUUAAAUACGUUGGUAUCGCGUUUUUACUCAUUUUACUUUUGGGCGCGAAGACCCAGAGUAGUGAUGGGGCCAAUAUUUUGGGAAUUUUCGGAACCCACAGUCCUUCCCAUGUGAUCGUGCACAUGGCUGUGAUGAAAACCCUGGCGGAUCGGGGUCACAACAUCACUGUGGUGACCCAGAUGAAGCCGAAGUUGGCGGCACAUGAAAAUAUCACAGUGAUUGUGGCACCACCCUCUCCGGAGCGAAAAGAGUUCAUCGAGGAGUACAUGAAGCAGACAUUCAAUGAUAAACCUUCUAUCUGGACUACUAUGAUGAAAGCUGUUCUUCAGGCCAAUGAUCAGCUGGAAGGACAGAUGGAGUUCACGGUUCAUCCGAGUUUCAAGGAGCUGUACGAGAAUCCCCAGACGAAAUUCGAUUUGGUGAUUUUGGGUCCGAUGGCCAACGACUUUCAGCUGGGCAUCGUCGCCAAGCUUCGCUGUCCGGUGAUCGUAACUUGGGUGGGCGUGCCCCUGCCCUUUAUGGAUAGUAUUGUGGGAAAUGUCAAUGACCCCUCCUACGUGCCCAGCUUGAAUGUGGCCCUCGAGGCUGGGCAAAACACUAUGACGUUUACUCAAAGGUUGAGCAACUAUUUCAAACACUCCUUCCUGGAUGUAGUGAACAAGCUGUUGAACUAUAAGAUGAACCAGAUGUAUGAACGAGCUUUUGCCAAUGAGACAGAUCCUGACUUUCCUAAUUACUACGAAAUGAAGCGUCGCAUAUCCUUACUCUUCUACAAUUACCACUCCCCCAGUGAAGGACCUAUAAGACCAACAGUUCCCACAUCGAUUGAAAUCGGCGGAAUACAGGUUAAAGAGCAGUCAGAUCCACUGCCCAAGGAGCUGGCAAAGUUCCUUGAAGACACAGAUGAGGGUGCCAUAUUCUUCAGCUUGGGCACCAAUGUGAAUACCAAUAAUUUUCGGCCAGAAAUCACAGAUAUCCUUUAUAGAGUACUGUCCAAAUUGCCCCAGAGAGUGGUGUGGAAGUGGGAGGAUCUGAACAAUAAGCCAGGAAAUGCCUCAAAUAUAUACUUCAGCAAUUGGUUGCCCCAGGAUGAUAUACUGGCCCAUCCGAAGAUCAAGCUCUUCAUAACCCAUGCGGGCAAAGGUGGAGUGGCGGAGGCCCAAUACCAUGGGGUUCCCAUGCUGGCAUUGCCCAUUUUCGGGGAUCAACAGGGAAAUGCUGAGAUCAUGACAAAAUCGGGCUUUGGCCGUUGGUUGGAUAUGCACACACUCACGGCGGAGGAAUUCGAGGAGAAUGUCCAUGAGGUCCUUGAGAACCCAUCGUAUCGAGAGACCAUAAGGAAAUUCUCCACUCUCUAUAGAGAUCGUCCUCUGACAGCCCGUCAAUCGGUUGUCUACUGGACCGAGUACGUGUUGCGUCACCAGGGAGCCUACCAUCUACAGAGUCCCCUCAUCCAUAUGGAUUUCAUAGCCCGCAAUAAUAUCGAUGUCUUCGCAGUGAUUCUCCUCGUGGUCCUUGCACUCAUAGUCAUAUUUAAAUUCGUAUUUCGCAAGGCUUUUAACGUUGUGCGUGGCCUGAGUUAUCGCGGGAAAUCAAUGACCGACAAGCUUAAAAAUAAUUAAUAGGUUAGCCAUCUUAUCUUUGCGAAUACGUAAUAUCAGUUGGCGUUAUGAAAUGCAAAAUUGCACAAAAGUAUGGCCUGGGGGUCAGUGAUCAAGUAGUAUAGUCUGCUCUUAGGAAUACCCAUUAAUAAAUUAGUAAUAAUAAGAAAACAA